UGAGGCUGUAUGGGCAGGUGUUAAUGAGAUGUCAGCAAUCAGUGCUAGCGACAUUGAUGGAGGCUAUUAUGAAUAUGUUUUGCCUUACCUGCGUUAUCCUCCUCUGAUCACCCAGCCCGAGAAAUCCGAGAUUCGCCUAAUAGAUUAUGCGUCGGGUAAUGCAAAAAAGCAUGAUGAACUAUUUACCCGCAGCGAGAGUUUCGAAAGUUAUAUAUCAACAAACACCAAGCCAGAUGCACGAAUCGUAUCAAUAUGUUCUCGCAACUCAAUCAAUCCUCUGCAAAUCACGGAACAGGCCUUGUGUAGGCUGAUGAAACUGUAUGAAAUAGAGGCAGACUUUUUUGACAUUGUCGUCUCGUUCGGUGAUAAGCCGCGUAACUCGGAUGCUGGACUGGGAGAAAUGAAAGUGAAACAGAGACCAGAUGGCUCAUACGAUAUGCAGUACCUUCUCACCUACGCCGACGAGUAUAAAGUUAACGGAAGUACAAAGUGGACAAUACGCCAGAUAGGCGUGUUUCACCGAUAUAAACCUUCCGGAAGUGGCAAUCUAUGGGUCUUUCUCCACGCCAAACCUAGUGCCAAAUUACUGCAGCAGGUUGAGACUAGAUUCGCUGAUGGUCCAAGCCUCCUGGGACAUGACUGGUUCUCAUUGCAUUCUCUUAUUUUGUCUUCUUAUCUGGUGAACUGGAGAUGGGGUAUCCGAAACAUAGGUGACCAACUAGAGAGUUCUGCAGAUAUUGCACUCACGCGGGACCUCUCAAAGUCAGAAGACAUUGAUCAAAAUGUCCUUCUAGAACUACUCAAACCGCAGCAUUUGGGAGACACUAUCCUACCAUUGUCAUCCUGGAUGGGUGUUGCACUGGCGACAAUAAGUAAGAUGCAAGAGAUCAAUGCUCUCUUAUACUUCAAAGGUCUCACAACCGAGAAGGCUUACGACAGGGCUGCUGGUGACCUUGCUUCAUACCAAGUAAACCUGGAGGGACACCUGAGAAGUGUAGGGGUACUGGAGAGAAAGGCGCAGGGGAUUUCUGAAUUGUUAGCUGUCGCCCUAAGUCAGAGGAAUCAGGCAGUGAUAAUAGACAUCAACCAAUCGAUGUUGAAGCUUACCGAUGAGGGAUUCGACGACAAUGCCACAGUAAAGGUAGUGACACUCGUCACAUUGAUAUAUUUGCCUGCAAGCUUUGUUUCGACGAUACUCGGCAUGAAUCUCUUCGAUUUCGCAAACGGAGACAAGCUUUCGAUAUCACGCCAGUUUUGGAUAUUCAUCGUGCUGGCGGUGCCAUUAACUCUGCUCACACUGGCCAUGUGGUACUUUGUCACCCAGCGUCAGCUGAGGAAUAGACAGAAGAAGAAAUUGAAAAGAAAGGAAGCGGAGCUGAUGGCUUGAGUGUGGAUGGUCACGGGAUUCAUGGGCCUCAAUUUUUCCAUUCCUGUGCAGAGAGCGGAACAAAUAGAUCUUUCUAUCUUCGCUUUGCUUUCCUUGGUUCCCCUAUUAGCUUUCUUAUUCUAUCGUAUUUUUCAAC